AUGCACGGUUACAGCUCCUCAGAAGAGUCAGACGACCCUCGUCGACCUCGCGCCCAACCUGCCACCAGCAGUAACAACAACGACCAAAAGAAGAAGAAAAAGAAGAAGCUUCCACCCCAGAAGACUAUCAAUGGUAUCUGGAAGAAGUUCUCCAAGCGUAAAUUCCACAAGGCUCUUGCUGUCCUUCCUUUCGACCCUGUGCAGCCUCCAGCAGCCUACCACUCCAACGAGAUCCUGUCAGCUGGCUAUGAGCGAGCUGCCGAGGAGUGUCGACGAAAGGUCGAAAAGAUUAUCAAAGAAUGUAAGCGAGUGAAUAUGCGUUAUAGGGAUCCUGGUUGGGAUUUGGAUUGGGAUCUCAAGUAUGAGAAGGGCCACUGCCUGAACAAUUUGGGGACACAAAAGUUUGAGUUGAACAGAACAACACUACUUAGCUCAAAAGCCUCUGUUCCCAAAGCUGUCAAGCGGGUGCACGAGAUCUUCGAGAAGCCCACCUUCAUGAAGGAUGUUAGUGGCGGUGACGUCAAGCAGGGAAGUCUAGGUGAUUGCUGGAUCAUGGCCGGCCUAACAGCCCUCGCUGGUGUUCCAGAUGGUCUACAACGGAUCUGCGUCGCCUAUGACACAAAGAUCGGCAUUUACGGUUUUGUGUUUUGCCGUGAUGGCGAGUGGAUUUACUCCAUCAUCGACGAUAAACUCUAUCUCAAGUCGCCAUGCUGGGACUCCCCUAGCAUGCAGAGAGAUCUUCUGCAGCAGAUCGAUCGUGAAGAUAAUGAGAACGUCUAUCGCAAGACUUACCAGACUGGCUCCAAGGCUCUUUUCUUUGCUCAAAAUAGAGAUCAGAACGAAACUUGGGUCCCCCUUUUCGAAAAGGCCUAUGCCAAAGCGCACGGUGACUAUGCGUCAUUAGCUGGUGGCUGGAUUGGUGAGGGUGUCGAGGAUCUCUCUGGUGGAGUGACUACAGAGCUCUUGACCUCUGAUAUCCUCGAUAUCGAUGAGUUCUGGGACAAGGAGAUGUCGCGAGUCAACGAUGAGUUCCUCUUUGGCGCCUCCACUGGUCUUCUUGAGCACGGCUACGGUGAGCGCAACGGUAUCUCCGAAGGACACGCCUACGUCGUCAUGGAGGCACGUACCCUCAAGUCGGGCCAACGCUUGGUCAAGCUCCGUAACCCUUGGGGUAAGGUUCGCAAGGGUAUCUGGGAGGGAGCUUGGAGCGAUGGCUCCAAGGAGUGGACAGCCGAAGUUCAGGAGGAAAUAGACCACAAGUUCGGCAGCGACUCAGUCUUCUGGAUCUCUUAUGAGGACCUCAUCCGCAAGUAUUCACACUUUGACCGUACUCGACUUUUCCGUGAUCAGGACUGGCGAUGCUGCCAGCGCUGGAUUGGCGUGGAUGUCCCUUGGAAGGCAGCCUAUCAUGAGAAGUUUCACAUCAAGGUUACUCAAGACUCCCCUAUCGUCCUUGUCUUGUCGCAACUUGAUGGUCGAUACUUCAAGGGCCUUCAAGGCCAAUAUUCAUUCCGUCUACACUUCAGACUCCACUACGAGGAUAGCCCCAAUGCCGAAGACUAUAUCGUCCGGUCCCACGGCAACUAUCUGAUGGAGCGCUCUGUGUCCGUGGAGUUGCCCGAUCUUGCUGCUGGCAACUACGUCGUCUACCUUAAGGUGACUGCUGAACGAGACUCUGGUGCCCAGUCAGUUGAGCAGGUUGUCAAGCGCGAAGCUUCCAAGAGAACCGAGAACGAAAAGCUUUCUCAGGUUGGCUACGCAUAUGAUCUCGCUCACAGCAAGGCCUGGGAUCACAUGGACAAGGUCACAAAGCUUCGCCAGAGGAAGGAUCAGCAGAAGGCUUCUGGCUGCCGUCAAAAGGAGCGUCGCAAGAUGUGGGAGAAGCGUGUCACCAAUCGCGAAGUUUCUAAGCAACAGAACAAGAAGAACCUCGAGAAGAGGCAACGUCGUCGAGCGGAGUGGGAAGCCGAGCAGAGUCGUCUGGAUGAGGAGUUCAACGCCAAGGUCAGGGCUGAGCGACAACAGAUGAAGAAGGAAAGGCUUGCCAAGGCCGAGGCCGAAAGGGCUGCUGAAGCUGAGAAGAAGGCCCAGGAGGCUGACGACGAGGCUUUAAGCAAGAAGGCUGAGGAGAUGAAGUUGUCGGCUAAAGAUAAAGAUGAGCCUGUUGUCGUUAACGAUCAUCAUAAGGAUCUUGACGAUGCCGUGAUCUCUGUUUCAACUGGAUCUCCUAACUUCACACCCAAGAGCGUCGAGUCAACGGCAGAUGCCGCUGGUGAGAAAGAAGAGGUACCCCCUGUCAGCGGAGGACCUCCUCCAGCUCCUAUUGAGGAAGAGCAGCCAUAUCCAGUUCGCUCCCGACCUGCCUACGAUUCUGCCGGCGAGUCUUCGGACUCUCCUGUGGAGGACUGGGAGGCUCUAUACAGCAGCGACGACAUGGCCCGUAAGCCUCGUCUGACACAAGCCAACCAGGCUGGAGCCCAGGAGGAGUGGGACUCGGAAGAGGAGAAGAUGCCUGAACCCUGGAAUGCCAUCUGCAUUGUGGGUGUUCGUGUUUACUCCAAGGACGAGAACCUUGAGCUUCGCACCGUCAUGGAGGGUGGUGAGCUUCUGGAAGGAGGCAUGGGACCAAAGGGCGCUGGUGACCUCGAUAACGCUCAGUCCAACGCAGGUGGUGGCCGAGCUGGAGACAGAUAUGUCCGCAAGUCCAGAUCCGAGGAGCGCAGAAUCUACACUCCUGUCAUUCAAAAGGCUGUCAUUCAUAAGGAUGGCAAGUACGUGGAAGACGAGGGCACCACUGGAGAGAAGUACUCUUCCAUCAAGAGUUACUUCCACAUCGAUUCUGCUUUCACAACCAGAGUCAGUUCCCCAGCACCGACGCCAUAUGAGCAUGACCGUCGCCUGGAGAUUCCCCCUACAAGCCGUUGA